CUCAAACUGUGUGUCCAAUCAGGAGGACGACGAGUGGGGGAGGAGCUUCCAGUCAGGUGUGGGCAGCACCUCCUCCCUUUGCACAGAGGAAGAGGAGGAGACCAGGUUCUCCUCCAAACCUGAAGUCCAGCAGGGAGGAGGAGCAGCAGGAGAGAACUAUGAAGGAGAUGAUGAGACCUCCAUCGCUGAACCGGUCACCUCCUGCAGGAGGAGGAGCGGGAGGAGCAGCCAGAUGCAACAGUUGAAGGAGGAGAACGUGUUGCUGAGGAGAACCAUCAGGGAGCUGCAGAAGAACUCAGAGGUCAGCGAACGCAGGGUGCUGGAGCUGUCGGAGGAGCUGCUCCAGAGGAGGCGUCAGGAGGAGAGGGAGGCUCAGGAUUUGGAGAACAUGGUUCACUCUGUGGAGCAGAACCUCCACCUGAUGACGAAGCGAGCAGUGAAAGCAGAGAACAGUGUUUCCAAACUGAAGGUGGAGCUGCAGCAGCUGCAGGUGGAGGUCGACUCUCUGCGGUCGGAGAACGCCAGUCUGAAGGCAGCAGAGUCUGAAGUCGUUAUGACGAUGAAACACAACGCUCAGAUGGCGUCUGAGUACCUGAACAAGACAGCAAGCCACGCCCACUCCUCCAUACGGUCAGUACCUGAGUGAUACGGGUGAC